GAUCGCGGUCCAUCCGCUUUAUUCAACACCAGUCGAUUGAAGGCGUUGGUGUGUCAUAGUUUAUCAGUCUUGUGUUCGUAACGUUGAGGCGUAUCAUGUAACUUGUGGAGUUUAUUAGCAGUAAAUUGUUCACUGUUAACACUUGUGACUUAAGGACUUUGACUUGACAAGUUUUAUUUGGUGUAUCAAGUGCUUUUAUAUAAACCAAUAGUCACCUCAUCAACCAGGUUACCCCAUAGCUUCUUACCAUUUACCGUUAUUAUACAAUGGGAGUGUCCGAUCCUAGUUCCUCAACCACCCCAGACCUGCCUCCCCAUGAUCAUGAACGUCCUGGAUCUGGUAGCGGGUUGGACGAUGAAGACAUCCCCAGAAGGAAGCAGAGACGCUACAGAACAACUUUUACAAGUUAUCAGCUUGAUGAAUUGGAGAAAGCGUUUGGAAGAACUCAUUACCCUGAUGUUUUUACGAGGGAGGAACUAGCUCUGAAGAUCGGACUCACGGAAGCGAGAAUACAGGUAUGGUUCCAAAACCGGCGUGCGAAGUGGCGGAAGCAGGAAAAGGUGGGGCCACACGCGCAUCCAUAUAGCGGAUACUUGAGCGGUGGGCAACCAUUACCGACUCCAAGCAUGCCGGUACCGCCGCAUACGCUCAGCCAGUUAGGCUUCGGACUAAGGAAACCUUUUGACAGUGCCUUAGCAUCCUUUAGGUACGCGAAUUCACCUCUAUUUGGCGCCCAAUAUCUGCCGCCGCUGUCACGCCUACCCCAUUUCGGAGCUCCACUAUACGCGACUUCUCCCGCUCACUUCCACUCCCUUUUCGCUAAUCUAACAGUCCCCGAACCCCCACGCUUAUCGCCCGAACGAUCCCGACUAUCGCCCGAAGUCACCCGAUCGCCAGCUCCUUCAAUUUCUCCCCCGAUUUCACCUGGGAGUGAAACCUUACCUCCUUUAACGGAAGAUGUGAGGAGUUCAAGUAUAGCGGCUUUGAGAUUAGCGGCUCGGGAACACGAACUACGAUUGGAGUUAUUAAGACAGAGAGCCGAUUUGAUCUGCCAAUAGUCAGGAAAACGGUGAAAUAAUAAGGUAAAAAUGUUUUCUAUAGGUGUUCCCUAACGGAAGUCAAAUUUUAAAUAGAUAUAUAACAUAUGAACGUAGUUUUCUUUGCACGAAAGUAUGCUAGGAAGAUUUUUUCAUCACUAUGAGAACACACCAUUCAUCUUCACGAAAGAAAAGGUAUGGCAAUCAUGAACUAUUUGGAGCUAUAUGCCUACUAAUGCAACGCUCAAUGUUGCCAACAUACGGAACAAAACAAAAAUUUCGCAUUUCAAAAGUUACGUUUACGACCUCCAUGGGACACCGUUACAUGUUAUUAUUAAAAACAAACAUUGUAAGCAUAUUGUCGUCAUAUUUAUUGUGAUUAUGAAAUCUAGCUAUUAUGUAUAUUAUAAUAAUUAUAAAUGUAUAGAUAAAUUAUUAACAUUAAAAUAAAUAAGUAUUACAAAAUUCCAUAUUUAUGUUUCUGAAAAUGUUAUUAUGAUUACGAAAACAGAAUUAUAAUUAAUUAAGACUUAUUCCGGGACAAUACAUAACUGCUUAUGAAAUGAAAUAUUGGCAUAUCUUAAGGCUCGAACACAUCCGUGGAUAUUAAAAAGGUAAGCGGACGAAAUUAUAAAUUUUCUUUAUAAACCCCUUUUUUUCAAAAACAAAUCUUAUGUUUUUAUCAAAAUGUCAAUAGUCUAAUUAUCUCUUUUUAUAUAACAAACAUAAAACCUCAACCUCUUUAUUAACUCAUACAUAGUAAUAUUCACAAAUCUUUCUUAAAAUUUUAAUACUCCUUACUACCUCCAGUAGUUGCGGCUUCUUAAUAUCUCAGUCAAAUAGUUUUUAUUUUUUUACAAAAUUAAAAAUAACAUCGAUUCGCUAUCGCUUCGCUGAGUAUUACGAGUGUGUUUAAACCUUAUGGUUGCAUAAAUUUCUGUACUAUUUAAUUGUUUAAAUAAAGAUUUAUCGUUAAUUUUGUAAUUAUAAACUAUUUGUAUAAAUAAAUUUUACUUUUGUAACAGACUGACACAUCAUAUUUUAUGUGAAUUUUAAUUGUAAUUAAAUCAAUAUUAUUAUAUAAAUAUUGAGUUUAUCAUUAUAUAUUCUGAAUUAAUUUGUUCUUAGUUAAUUAAAUAUGUAAUUAUAUUUUGUAAAUUUCUAU